CAGAGGGAGAGGGAGAGAGAAAAGACAGCACCAUCCAAACACUCCUCCCCUUUCUCUCUUUUGUUUCUUACACCUCCUCAGCGCCACUUUCUAAAGCGGACUUCUCCUUUCUGCCCAGUUGCUGCCGGGACACUUGGGCGCUGCUGCUCUCCGCUCAGCCUCUCUCUCGCGCGCCUGUACUCCCACUCUUCCCGCUCCCCCCUCGACCAGCUUGGCUUGGGUGGGCUUUUUAAAUCUCUCCACGGUGCGCGCCGGGGCCAACUUUUCCGCUCUCCCCACCCCGCUUUUUGGGUUUGUUUCCUUCAGAAAGAGCCCACAAGCCCGAGCCUCCCCCUUUCCAUUUCUCCUUUUUGCCCCCCUCUCCUGCUGAGGGGGUGGGUGGGUGGAGGGGGGGCCGACUGCUGCCGCUGCUGCCGCCUCUAAUGUGACCAUGGCUGUCCCGGCUCCUUUAAUCCCUCCGACCCAGCUGGUCCCCCCUCAGCCGCCCAUCUCCACUUCGGCCGCCUGCACCGCCACCACCAGCACCUCCUCGGCCGCCUCUCCUCCGGCCAGCGCUCCUUCAACAGCGGCCUCGGCAGUAGCAGCCUCUUCGGGGACAAGUCUAUUCCGGCCGGAGCCCGUCGUAGCAGCGGCAGUCGCAGCAGCCGCCGCCGCAGCCGCGGCCACAGCCACUUCCAGCAACGCGAGCGGCGAGAGCAAUUGCAGCGCCAGCUUGGGCACCGGCAGCGCUUCCAGCAGCAGUGGUGGUGGAGGCUCCAACGCGGGGGGUGGAGGUGGCGGCAGCGGAGGAGGAGGUGGCGGUGGUGGUGGAGGUGGCGGGUCGUCUGCACCCAGCGCUGGCACCUCAGGCGGCGGGGGCAGCGUGCCGGGCAAGCCGGUGUAUUCAACCCCUUCCCCGGUGGAGAACACGCCUCAGAACAACGAGUGCAAGAUGGUGGACCUGCGGGGCGCCAAGGUGGCCUCCUUCACGGUGGAGGGCUGCGAGCUGAUCUGCCUGCCGCAAGCGUUCGACCUCUUCCUCAAGCACUUGGUGGGCGGCUUGCACACGGUCUACACCAAGCUCAAGCGCCUGGAGAUCACGCCUGUCGUGUGCAACGUCGAGCAGGUCCGGAUCCUCAGAGGCUUGGGCGCCAUCCAGCCAGGCGUCAACCGCUGCAAGCUUAUCUCCAGGAAGGAUUUCGAGACCCUGUACAACGACUGCACCAACGCAAGUUCCAGACCUGGACGGCCUCCUAAGCGGACUCAAAGUGUCACUUCUCCAGAGAAUUCUCACAUAAUGCCGCAUUCUGUCCCAGGUCUGAUGUCUCCGGGAAUCAUCCCACCAACAGGUCUGACAGCUGCAGCUGCAGCUGCAGCAGCUGCCACCAAUGCAGCCAUUGCAGAAGCAAUGAAGGUGAAAAAAAUUAAAUUAGAAGCUAUGUCGAACUAUCAUGCCAGUAAUAAUCAGCACGGAGCAGAGUCUGAGAAUGGGGAUCUGAAUUCUAGUGUGGGAAGCAGUGAUGGUUCUUGGGAUAGAGAAAAACGCCAGUCUCCCCCAACCCAAGGAUCGCAGGCCUCUGUUAACCACCCCAGCUUGUCUGGACAGCAUAACCUUCCAGUUAAUCAUCCUCUCAACCCUCUCCAACAGAACCAUCUUCUGCCAAAUGGCCUGGAGCUCCCUUUUAUGAUGAUGCCCCAUCCGCUCAUUCCUGUCAGCCUGCCACCAGCAUCUGUCACAAUGGCAAUGAGCCAGAUGAACCACCUUAGCACCAUUGCAAAUAUGGCAGCCGCAGCACAAGUGCAGAGUCCUCCCUCAAGAGUUGAGACGUCUGUUAUUAAGGAACGAGUUCCAGACAGCCCUUCUCCAGCUCCAUCUCUUGAAGAGGGCCGAAGGCCUGGCAGCCAUCCAUCAUCUCAUCGUAGCAGCAGUGUAUCCAGCUCCCCUGCCCGAACUGAAAGUUCUUCAGACAGAAUCCCGGUCCAUCAGAAUGGCCUGUCCAUGAACCAGAUGUUGAUGGGUUUGUCGCCAAAUGUCUUACCUGGUCCAAAAGAAGGUGACCUGGCUGGCCAUGAUAGUGGACAUGAUUCAAAAAGAAUGCACAUGGAAAAAGAUGAGACCCCGCUCUCUACACCAACCGCAAGAGACAGCCUUGACAAACUUUCGCUAACUGGGCAUGGGCAGCCGCUACCUCCAGGUUUUCCAUCUCCUUUUCUAUUUCCUGAUGGCUUGUCCUCUAUAGAAACCCUUCUGACUAACAUCCAGGGCCUGUUAAAGGUUGCCAUAGACAAUGCUCGAGCUCAGGAGAAGCAGGUUCAGCUGGAAAAGACAGAGCUCAAAAUGGAACUGUUCAGGGAGCGGGAAUUGAGGGAAACACUUGAAAAACAGUUGGCAGUGGAACAGAAGAACAGAGCAAUAAUUCAGAAGAGGUUAAAGAAGGAAAAGAAAGCCAAGAGGAAAUUGCAGGAAGCACUUGAAUUUGAGACAAAGCGGCGAGAACAAGCAGAGCAGACACUGAAACAGGCAGCUUCCACAGAUAAUCUCAGGGUCCUAAAUGACUCUCUGACCCCAGAGAUAGAAGCUGACCGCAGUGGGGGCAGAACAGAUGCUGAAAGGACAAUACAAGAAGUGACCGGAAUGCAGUGCUUUAGAAAUUCAGGUUCAGUGAUUAUGGAAGACUUUAUUUGAAAACUACUGUCAUGUAUUGAACUUACCUGCUGAAGAAAUGUGUGCUACAGUAAAGACCUCUGCCAGACAUUAAGACAUUCACUGUUUUGGAAGUUUUGUGAAAACAAAGGUGCUUUUCAGGCAAGUUGGCCACUUCAUGUAUCCAUGUGUGUUCUGCAGACGUUUUCAGCAUUCAGCCAAGAGCAGCCUCCACUGGUUUUCAGGGGCUUAUCCCUGUGAUGCAGAGAAUGUUUUUACAAUGUAUGUAGCACUCAUCUGAACAGCGAGCUAAAAGGAAAUUUGCUGUUGGACGCCUUGUACAGACCAGUCAGAGCAAGACCUUGCGUUCCCUUUUCAAUAGAACGGAAACUCUGUCCGCCUCUGAUUAUUUGAGCACAUCAAGCAAACCUUCCACAGCGUCCACUUCUAGAUGUAAAGACCAUACACAAACCAGCCAUACACAAACCAGCAAGGCAGUACAGAGUGGAAUCUUUCUAAGAGGGUCAUAAGGAGAUUUCUACCGACACAAAAUGGAAAUAGAGAAAAUAAAUUAAAAGUCAUGUUGUGUUUUUGUUUUGGUUUCCCAAUUCUAGGAGAGGAUCUUAUUCCUCUUAAAGACCUCUUUCCCUCACUUACUUUCCAAGAGACAGAUGGUACAUUACCGAAGUCAAAUAUGAUUUCAUUUCAGACAACAGUAGAGCUGAAUGUAAAAAAAAAAAAAAGGUGACUUGCAAUAGUCUCUUUCCUUAAAUAAACAAAGAAUUAAAAUCUGUUAUAAUUUCUCAUUCUAAAUGGCAGUGGUUUGGGAGAGGGAAUGACAACAAGAUGUUGCUUCUUACUGAAACUGUUGGUCAGAUGUACAGUAUAUAAUCACAAACCACACACAGAAGGUAUUAUAUAUGCAGUAGAAUACUAGAUUUUAGGAAAAUGACAAUUUUAGAUAAUAUGUUUUGUCACCCUGUUGGUCCAAAUGACACCUUUCUAGUUUUAACGCAUGCAGGCAUGUAAAUAUUUGUCCUGAAGUCACAGUAUUAAUGAACGAAACCUUAAGCAUCUGGGGAUGACGGCCACUUUUAUUUGUAUAUUGGUUGGUGCUGUGAAACAGCACUUUUAAGCGUGGAAUGUGGCUCAAGAGCAAGUCGACCCUCCAGAAAUAUUUUUAUAUGUUAAUGUCAUAUUGCGUCAACGUUGCUGGGGGAAACAAACCCGGAAGUUAAACAGACACUCGAUGUAUCAGUCCAAUACCACGUAAAGCUAAGUGAUAAAGUUGAAGUCUUUUGUCCUUCCUACCCACCUUGUCUUAGGCAAGGGCGGUUAUGUGUUAUUUUUACUGUCUUUAUAAACGCUAUGAUAUCCAUUCUCCACCUUCGUGCUCAUAACUGGAAGUAAGCUGCAGCACAGUGCUUGUUAUAUAUUAAAUUAUCUUCUGCAUACUUCUCCAGGUUACCCCUUUAAAGACUACUUUGAAGAUCAGUGUCAUUAUUUGUGAUUAUGCUAACUUCAGCUGUAAUAUUUUAUGCACAUGUGGUAGACUUUUUUAAAUGAAAAUUUAAUCAUAAACUUUCUCCCUGAAGUAAUUCUGAUUUUGAAAAAUAAUACUGGUGUCACAGUAAGUAAAAUAAUUUUGUUUUUAAAACUUAGUCACUCAGCAUCUAUAGUUUGUUGGAUUUGCUCACUAUACUUCUACAUGUUCAGUUUCUUAUCAUUUAUGUUUGGCCUGCCAUGAUCUUAUGCCUUGGACAUACAAACAAUUACAUUCCAUGGAAAUAAAAAUAAAAAUUAAGAAUGAUGUCGUAAUUCAAAUAUUUUAUCUGAUAGGUUCUAGUAGGUGUUGGUUUAUUCUUUAAAAAUUGUGCUCACAGUACCGAGAAUCUAUACUCCUUUUUUAAAAAAGCAGUCUUUAAAGGGAUAACAGCUGUUGGAUUUGAUGGACUUUGUGGGAAAUGCUAAAUCAUUCAUAUGAGAGGGGAGAGGUGUUUUCUUUUUUUAUGCAAGCUACAAAUGAAAUCUGUAGUAAUAUCUGCCAUUGCUCUUGAAUCUUGCAGAGAAUCACCUGUAAGUAGGUUUGUUUUUACAGUGUAUACUUUCUGGACUCUUGAGUAUCCAUCAUUGUUUGGUUGGUACAUCCGUAAAUGGAAAUGCUGAAAAUUAUGAGGAAAAGAAGUAUAUCUUAUUAAAACAAGUGUAAAUAUUACAUUCAUGAAACGCUACCGUAUGACGAAUUUGGGGUUCGGGCGUUUUUGUUUUGGUUUUUUUGCCCCUCUUUAGUUAGACACAAAGGUUUUUCAUUUUUGCCUAGAUUAUGAAGAAAUGUUGUGUUCAUGUUAUUGUUUAUAUGCUUUUUUGUAAUCUUAAAGAUAUUAAUGUCUAGUUGUUCUAUAUUAUAACCACCUUUGCGCUCUAUGCAAGCCCUUGGAACAGAACAUUCUCAUCUUCAUGUAGGACCUAUGAAAAUUGUCUAUUUUUAUCUAUAUAUUUAAAGUUUUCUAAAAAUGAGAAAAAGGUUAUUAUGAAUUUUGUUGUACAAAAUCUGUACAAAAAAAAAUCUGUUUUUACAUCAUAAUGCAAGAAUUGGAAAAUUUUUCUAUGGUAGCCUAGUUAUUUGAGCCUGGUUUCAAUGUGAGAACCACGUUUACUGAUAUUGUAUUUAAUUUUCUUUUUUUCCUUCCUUUUCAACAAUCUGCUAAUAAAACUGUCUGAAAUCUG